AUGUGUAUUCUUUUCUGUUAUUUACAAGACGAAAAAAUUGAUACAGGUUAUGAAUUAAUAUUAUUAUCAAAUCGUGAUGAAGAUUUUCAACGACCAGCUAUUCAUGCUCAUGUUUGGAAAGAUACGAAAUAUGCAAUUGGAGGACAAGAUCAAACACUAUCACGUGAAGGUGGAACUUGGUUAUCUUUAAAUACUGUUCAAUGCAAGAUUGGUGUUUUAUUAAAUUUAACUUCGAGUUUAGUCGCAACAAAAAAAGACAAUGCACAGAGCCGAGGUUUUCUUGUAACAAAUUUUGUCAAUAAUUCCGAGAUUAAUCUCGAUACAUAUAUGGAUGAAUUACAAAAGACUAAAAUGAAUUAUACAGGUUUUAAUUUUCUUGGACUCGAACGACAAUCGGAGUCGAAAAAAUGGCAUGCGAAAUAUAUAAAUAAUAUUUCACUCGAAUCAUUACCAGUUGAUAUCGACACAUCUAUCUUCGGUUUUAGUAAUCAUAUAUAUGGUGAUCAAUAUGCAUUUGAGAAAACUCGUCAUGGUUGCCAGUUAUUAAAAACAUCUCUUAUUGAAUUAACAGAUAAUUAUACAAAACCAAUUACAGAUGAAAUAGAAUUAAUUCGACGAUUAUUUUGUAUAUUAAGUGAUAGUACAGUUUUUGCUGAAGAUUCUAAUAUUGCUACGGUUUAUUCACAUUAUACAGUUGGGAAUCGUAGACAAAUUUCAUCUAUAAAUGUUCCUACAACAGAUGAAGCACGAAAUUAUGGAACAAGAACAUCAACAAUUAUUCUUAUUCGUCGUGAUCAAACAGGUCUUUUUAUUGAAAAAACUCGUAAUAAUCCGUUAAUUAAUCCAUUAGAAUGGAUAGAACAUAAAUGGCAUUUUAAAUUAAAUAAUGUAAUUGAACCUCCUGUUUUAAUAAAUUAA